CAAAUUCUGUCAAUUUAGCCAUCUCCCACGGCCAUGCCUAGAAUUAUUUUUGGUCUGUAGAAAUGCACAAUGUUUUCCAACAUCGGCCUAGUCAUCCGGAGAGAGGCACUAACUAUUACGCUCUCAAUGGAGGCUACCUCUGCAAAUGUUGGAAAUCGUGCAAUUCUACAGCCAUACGCGUGACAAAGUUUAACACACGGGAGAAAGACGACGGACGAGAUUAGGAAGGAGGUGGAGAGAUGCUGGUUGUGAUGGGCGUGGCAGCGACUUCCCACACUGCGCGACUUCUCAAAUGGCAACAAAGUCCAAUCAUUCACUUGAUUCAAAACAAAGACGGACCCGCUUUCUUUCUCAUCUCUUUCCACAAACACAACCUUUGUCAUCCAUCACUACACUCUUCGUACCACCGCCGUCCAUUACCAUACACUCCGCUCAUCGACGACAUCGACCAUCCGUUGGACCCGUUCGUCAUCACUACAUGCCGAGAGACAAUUCUGGACAAAGACUUUACUCGUUUUGCAGAGGCUGUCACACGGCAGCUUUUUGGUGCGAACGCCGACGUCCCUCACUUGAGAGAGCUCAGUGCGCUGUCUUCCUACAACAAGCUGAGAUUCAUCCAAGCAACCGUCCCAACAAACCAUACCAACGUCUUACGGGAAGGCUUCUCGUACAGCAGCAGCGACGAUCCCAUCGACAUUGAAACACGCGCCGCCGAGACUCGCAAGAUGCAGAACGAAUCGAAGAAGAUCUACAUGGCAACAACUGGCAGGUACAACUACGUCUGUGCGAACUGCGAGACACCCGAAGCAUACUCAUGGCAUCUCGUGAAGGGAGUCGACGACGACAAUGGCGACAGAAUGUGCCACCGUUGCGAUGCGUACUACAAGUCAUACGACGAGUACCCUACGCCGGAGGAAGUCGACCGUCUUGCAACGAAAGCGGCAAACCUUGUAGCACUGGCUGCCAACCCUCCACCACCGGGAUUCUGUCAGAAUGGUUUAUGACAUGAGUUCAAAUCGAAUGUUCGCAGUGAUGCAAUGAUACUCCUCAAGAUCUAUAUACCAUGGCCUCAACAGGCUUCAAAUUCACCAGUAAGUCGGUGAGGACUGGAGGCUUGAUCUCUCAGUUCUCCAGUGAUGACCAUCAGUGACAGUGGUCGACGAGGCAAGGCAGCAAUAGCUGAAGAAGCUCGUGAGCUCCAUGGAGCGAGUGAAUAGCUGAAUUCACUCGUCGUUGGAAGCCUUAAGGGAGCCACAAAUAACUUCCUCCGGCUGCUUUCAACGCUCUCCACGACAUCAACAUCAACAGCAACAGUUGUUGGUUGAUCAGUACUUCCUUUCUCGUGCCUCAAGUCUUUCUUCUUCUUCAAUAUCACUCACAGUCUUCAUCACUCUUUGCUGCGCCUUCUCAAUUGACGCCUGCGCCUUCAAAACAACUUCUCCGGCUUCUCUUGAACAACAACAUU